AUGGUUUCGUUAUUGCUGCAACUAUUGAUAUGUACGUCCAUGUUGAGGUACCUUAAUGCAUCUGGAUGCGAAGGAUAUUUCAAAAACUGCUGUCCAGGCUCGUCAUGGAAUUCAGAAACACAACAGUGUGAACAAUGUAUGCCAGGCAUUACUGGAGUGAACUGUUCAUCACUGUGUCCUUAUCCGUAUUACGGAGUGGACUGUCAAAGAAAAUGCAACUGUAGCAGAAACUUGUGUAAUGUUUCUACAGGGUGUAUUAGAAUAGUCACAGGUGUGUGUCUAUUACCACCGGACAUUCCAAACGCAGAUGUGACGGUUGAGAACAACACGGCUAGAUAUUUCUGUAAUCCAGGGUAUUAUCAGCUAAAUAAUACAGAUGAGUUCAUUUCCUGUGACGGCAAUAUAUGGCAAUCUACGAACUUUGAAUGCAUACGUAAGAAAAUGUAA